UGGUGGCUGACCGCCUCGGGCUCGCUCGAGCCCGUCUCGACGGCGGUGGCCGUCGACUACCUCUCGCACUUCUUCAUGAUUAACAUCAUGUUCCACAUGACGCACGUCAACUUCCGGGUGCGCAUGCUCGGCCACGUGGUCUCGAUCCUCACCUUCUGCACGCUCGGCUGGGGGGGCGGCUGGUCGGGCAGUGUCUCCUUCUCGGAGCGCGGCCAGCCCUUCGACACCUACCUCAUCUGCGUCUUCAACGCACUCGGCUGGAUCGUCGGCAACUCGGCCGAGCUCAUCGUGCGGCGCGCCUUCAUGGCGACCCACCGCGAGCAGAAGCAAAACGCCGCGCUGCUCGCCAAGCUGGAGCGCAAGGAGGCGACCGAGGUGCUGCGGCGCCCCCCUCCGCCCCCACCUGUGCAGAAGCGCAAGCGCCGGCGGGUGUAG